GUUAGUAUGACGGACAGUUUCAGUUUCAUUUCUCUCCCUACAGGCCGACCAAAUAAAUAACGAAAGAGAAAGAGAGGCACAGCCCCAGAGAAACUAUGGAGGAGGAGAGCAAGUUCUGCAAGAACUGUAAACGAGAUGUGUCUGCUGCCAAUUUCUCUCUCCACGAGGCCCACUGCAUGCGGUUUCUCGCUAUCUGUCCAGAAUGCGAUGAACCUAUUGCUCUAAAGGAGAUGGAGGAGCAUCAGGAAGAAGCACAUAAGCAGGUCAGAUGUAAACUGUGUCACCAAAGCAUGCAGAAAUACCUGCUGGAGAAUCAUGAGUCCAAUGAAUGUAAUGAGCGAUCAAUGAAAUGCACAUUCUGCGAGCUGGAAAUGCCCUUCAAUAAGCUGCAGAGGCACCAGGAGGCCUGCGGUAGUCGCACGGAGCUCUGUUGGGAGUGUAACAAAUACAUCAUGUACAAGGACUUGGACAAGCACAAAGACGUUUGUCAGAAUGGCAAGAAGCUAUCAAGCAAUGGUGAGAUGCACUAUCAACCCAGUGAAGAGUCUCCUCGUCAGACCUCGAUUCUCCCACCCUCAGGUCUCAGUGACAAUCUUUGUCAGCAGUGCAAUAAGUACUUCCCAGAUGACCAGUACCUCCAACACUUGACUGAGUGCAGCCCGCUCUCCAAACUCGCGGAUAUUCUCGCCAGCCAGUCAGUUACAAAAUCCCGCCCGCUCCCACCUUCCUCUCCGGUUACGUCUCCCCCCCGUGAGAAUGCAGCCGUGGCGUGGAAGGACGUUCGCCCGAAGCGGAAGGAAAAGGACUUAUCUUCUGCCUCCAGGCCCUCACUCAAGCCACUGAAGAACAAAAAGUCAGCAGGCCGCCCUGCUUUCACUGCCACAGUGGAUCCCGUACUGCCGAAGGCACUUGAAGACCCAAUGACUUACGAUGUGUUGGUGACCUGUUCCCAGUGCAAUAUCCUCCUCCCAGGUCCGACUCUAAGGAAGCACGAGAAAAAAUGUCUGCGUCUAGCUUCUUUGCAAAAUCUCAGGAGGAAACCAAAAUGGAGUCCUGGAAAACAAGGUACUAUAAUAUUUCUAAGAAAUACAGUAGAACUCAGUUAGAGACAUCUACAGUUGCUGGGUUAAUCAGGAUGAUGGGGCAUUUCCCAGAGCAGGUGCCUCUGGAAACGUUAAGGAUCAAAGAAUCACAGGGCAGCUGGGUAUUUCAAUGAGGAUAGUGGUAUGUAUACCUAUACAGUCUCCAUGUUUAGAAACCAUGCUCUGAUCUUCAAGGCCCCCAUACCCUUGUCAAGCUAACUCAGUAGGAAUGCUUGAAUUUGGCCCUAGCUGGAUUGCAACCACCCAAAGCUACACAUUAAGGCAGAGGGACUAGAACUUGGGUGCUCCUAACAUCUAGUCUUAUGUGCUUUCCACUUGAAUAAGCUGCCACAGGUCAAUACUGAAUUUUAUAGCCACUCUCCUGUGGGAGACUUUAAAAUAAACAUAUCAGCAUUUUCAUACUGAUUUUCAUAAAUUCAUUAGGAAUUUAAAAUCAGCUCCCUGCUGUCUUUGUAUAAAGUAUGAGGCCGUCAGCUGUCCUAGCAGACAGGAUUUUAGGUACUCAAGAUGCACGACAACACUGAGAACCAACAAGUUUCUAGUAAUCCCAUCUUAAUUAAGGGCUUGUGCACCCACCUGUGUUAUACAACUUUAAUUAUGCUGUUAUAAUAAAACCAGUACAACCUCACUAGAAUGGGCCCAAUUAUACCAGUCUAAAGGUGUUUAUUUCUGUAUGCAAAGGGGCAUAAGCUAUAAGGCACCUUUAUACCGGUAUAAUGGCAUCCACACUAGGGGUUGUACCAGUAUAACUGUACUGCUAAAACCAUAAUAAUAAUUCCCCUGACAGUUAUACCCGUGCAAAAGCAGUGCACAGACCUGGCCUAAGUGAUGCUAACUAUAAGGACCUUGGGCCUAAUCCUGCAGUCCUUACUCAGGACAAUCUCCCAUUGCUUUGUAUAAUAUUUUCCAUAAACAAAAAUGCUACCUUAUACUUUUAGCCAGAACUAUCCUUGUUUUAUAUCAAGGGGAAAAAAAACCAAGAACAAAAGUCCAUGAAAGAGCAUACAGUGUAUGUCUCUCCUCAGACAAACUGCACCAACCUGAACACAAAAUGGCUGCCUUUCUCUGGAGGCAGCAUAUUUACACAUUGAAAGAUGCCAUACAACUAAAACAGAGAAUGCACCACAGUGUGAAAUUAAAGGGAGUUUUAGCUGACUAUGGACUACAGGAUCGUACCUUUAAAUACUUACCCCUUCAUUACAUAGUUUGUAUUCACUUUCCUUGUACUUUGGACUGUUCUAAUGGACUCAGCCAAAAUGGGUUAGGGGAGGUAAGGGCAUACAUUCAUGGGCUUACCUAUUCAUUGUAAAAUAAAAAAAAUUACAUUGGGUUUUGUUUGUU